GAGGUUGGCGAGGAGUUGGUGACUUUCUGUCCGCAGUUAGACGAGCGACAUACGGAGGCAAGACGGAUCCUUCACGACAAAAUGGAAUUGUUCCGUCGCCUUCAGAAUUAUUACGAUGCUAUGAAAUAUUUGCGAAAUCAAAACAUUUCAUGGAAUACGAUCACUGUGGCUGAGGUAGACGACGUUUUUGCGCUUGGCACGCAAGGUCAUCGCCGACAAGUGCGACGAGCGUUGCGAUUUGUUACGUACGAGUCGACAAAUCGAUGUUGA